AUCAGAUCUUCCCUCUUUUCUUCCAAUCUCCAUCUUGAGAGCGAUGGCAUUGCGGCUCCCACGACUUGGCAGACAACUCUUUCAUCUCAAAGCGUCAUCAGCAGUCGCACCGUCAUAUCGAAGCUUCUCGUCCCUCCUCUCUUCUAACAAGGCCGAUUCUGGUCCUGCUCCCUCCGGCGCCCGUACACUGCGAUCCCUCGCCGAGCUCGAAAGCAUGUCUUCCACGCCCCAGAACACAGCGCCCCCUGCUCGACCGGGCCAGGUCGAGGACGCAGGCAGCGCUGGCCAGGGUGGUGCAGCGUCGUCAUCAGCGGCGGCGGCUGCACCGUUUCCAUCGUCGAGCCGCAACAGCUUCAUCUUGACGCUCUCGUGCCCCGAUCGCCAGGGCAUCGUGCAUCGCGUCACGGGCUUCCUUGCCCAGCGAGGCUUCAAUAUCCGCGACUCUGCCCAGUUUGGCGAUCCGACGACAAACCGCUUCUUUAUGCGCGUGCAUGCAGAGGCCAACACGGCCAACGCGGCCCUCUCCAACACGCUCCAGGCCGACUUUACCGCCGAGCUGGGGGCCGAGAUGGAAAUGAGCUUUGAGAUCCACCGCGACGAGGAGAAGCCACGGACGAUGAUCAUGGUCAGCAAGAUUGGGCACUGUCUCAACGACUUGCUCUUCCGCGUCUCGAGUGGUACGCUGCCGAUCGAGGUUCCGCUGAUUGUGAGCAACCACGACGAGUACGAGGCGCUGGCGAAGGCGCACGGGAUCCCCUUUUUCCACCUGCCCAUCGAAAAGACGGGGAGCAAGACAAAGGCAUGGCAGGAGGAGGAGAUCCUGCGGCUGUGCAAGGAGUACAAGAUCGACCUCGUCGUCCUCGCCAGGUACAUGCAGAUCCUCUCACCCAAGCUGUGCUCGCUCAUGUCUGGUCGAAUCAUCAACAUCCACCACUCUUUCCUCCCUUCGUUCAAGGGCGCAAAACCAUACCACCAGGCCUACGAGCGCGGCAUCAAGCUCAUCGGCGCCACCGCCCACUACGUUACGGCUGAUCUGGACGAGGGCCCGAUCAUUGAGCAGGCCGUCGACCGGGUCAACCACGCGUAUGCCCCAGCAGACCUCACACGGGCCGGCGCAGACAUCGAGGCUAGGGUCCUGGCGAGGGCUGUCAGGUGGCACGCAGAGCGACGCGUCCUUCUCAACGGUGCAAAGACGGUUGUCUUUUCCUGAGCAAUGCAGCCUCCCGUGACAGAACCUGUACUUGUCCUCGUCAUAAAAGAUUAGAUUUACCUCUCU